UGGCUGGAAGAUCAAGCAUACCAGGGCAAUGCAUCGGCCUCGUAUUUCCUGGCACGGAUCCUCCAAGUCGAUCUCGACAGGGAAGCAGUCGAUGACGAUGAACCUGAAGAGAAUAACAAGCGUCAGCAGCUCAUCCAAUACCUGAAUGACGCAGCCCACACAAACCACGCAAUGGCUCAGUUCCACCUAGCCGGAUGUUAUCUCAACGGACUUGGAGUCGACCAAGAUCACGCCAAGGCUGUCGAGUUGUAUCGUAGUCUUGCAAAACGCGGAAUCCCUCAGGCCCAAAUCGCCCUCGGUCGAUGCUACGAAAGUGGCGAAGGUGUCGAACAAGACUACGACACAGCCAUCGAGUGGUACUCAAAGGCUCCCGACAAGGGCAGCGAAGACGGUCGACUCCAUAUCGUGUUCCUCCUGUGCUACUCGUGUGAAGUGGGAGUAUGGAUGGACUACAAGGCAUUCGAGUGGUACAACAAGUCGGCCGACCAAGACAACUCGUACGGGCAGUGGACGGUUGGUUGGUGCUACGACAAUGGACAUGGAGUCGCGCAGGACCAUCUGAAAGUUGUCGAGUGGUAUCGCAAGUCGGCUGAGCAGGGCAAUCGAUACGCACAAAAUUACCUCGGUGAAUGUUACCAAUAUGGAGACGGCGUCCCAGAGAAUAUCGACACCGCCAUCACCUGGUUCCGCAAGUCCGCCGAACAAGGUCAUCAAAGCGCCAUCGAUAGACUCAAGAAACUCGGCCAAUGGCCCUGA